AUGGCACUGAGGGUCCUUGUCCUUACCGUGAUUUUCGUCAAGAUCGUAACGUCGCAGCGGACCAUCGGCGGUCUCUCAGAACAGGCGUUGCCGAGCCAAGCGGGCGUCCUCCGCCAGUUCUCUGACGGAGAGUCACCGUCCUCGUCGGUGGAUUCCCAGGGUGUCGCCGCGUCUGCAGUGACAUCAGAGAGUGGAGACGGCACUGAUGGCGACUCGGAAGACGAGCCCGCGCCGAACGUGGAAGCCUUCGUGCAGGACACCAUAGACGCCGCCUACAGAAAGGCGCUACCCAUGGUUACGAAGUUCGGCUUUGACCCCGCUGUCUCGGGCGAGUGCUCGCAAAGCCUGCUCAAGAUGGCCCUGGCCUUCCGGCGCCUGGAACCAUGGGCGAUACGCAUGCUGGACGCCUCGGGCAAAGUGGCGUCAGGUCUGCUGAUGGGCACACUCGGAGACUUGGGCAAUUUCGACGAGUGCCUCGCCACCACCGUCGACAACAUGUACGGCGAGCGAGACUUCACCGGCCGUUUCUGCACCGUCUAUAUGAACUUCAAGAACAACACCUUCGUCACCAAAAUGGUGGCCAGGUUCCAGGAGAAGGGAUAUCUCAGGGACUACAGGAACCCGCUGAAUUGGAUUAAAAACAAGAUGGCCCAUGGCGUCCGGCAGUCAGCAUGCAUUCCGUCCACCUGUUCUGCAGAGGACCUUGCGUACAUCAUCAACACACUCGGCAAGAAAAUUGGAAUGAAGGCGCGCGUACGAGGCUGUAAGGCUGAGGGCGAAACCAAGGUCCUUGGCUGGCAGGCCGGCAUAUUGUACACGCUGGCCACUGUUGCAGUUCUGGUAGUGUCUGGCACAAUGGCUGAUGUUGCGUUACGGACUGUUCUCAAGAAAAGAAUGCACGGGAAAGAGAAAGGUAACCUGCAAAACAUCGUAUUGGGUUUCUCGAUCAUUUCUAACACCGAGAAAUUGCUCAAGACGGACCCAAGCGACCCCGCUGACUCAAAGCUGAUGUUUGUGCAUGGGCUUCGGUUCUACAGCUCAACGUGGGUUAUGCUAGGCCAUGCUUUCCUCAUCGCGGACCCAACAUCCACUGGGUCACUAAUGAAUGUCGUGGAUCUCGUGGAAGAUUUUAUGACUACACUCAUAGCGAACGCUUUCCCUUCAGUUGAAACAUUCCUCUUUAUCAGUGGUUUUCUGCUAUCGUACAACGUACAGAAAUCGUUAAGGAAAAAAACGAGGCUUUAUUUUUGGGUUCCACUGAUCAUCCUUCGUCGCUACAUAAGGCUCACAGUGCCGGCAAUGUUUGUGGUGGGCGUCUGGCUCCUACUACCACUCGUGGCGGAUGGCCCUGUGCUCAAUGAUUACAAGGCCACGUUCCUGGACACCUGCCAGCGAAGAUGGUGGACUGUGUUGCUGCACACUAACAAUUUCUCCCCAUUUCUUCAGAUGUGCCUAGGACAUCUGUGGUACAUCAACAUCGACUUCCAGCUCUACGUUGCCUUGCUGUUCAUCCCUCUGGUUAUGAUUCGACGACCCUAUCUCGGAGCGCUUCUCGCUGCCUUAGCUACGGUAGUGUCGUCCGCAUACACUGGUGUAGUAAGUUAUUUAAACAACUAUCAGCCCGCUGUGAUCUUCACGCACACGGACGUCAGUUACACCAUCGGCACUGCUAACCAAAUCUACUUCAAGCCUUUCGCUCACGUCGGCUCCUUCUGCAUUGGCGUCCUGCUGGGCUACUACAUCUACGUCGCCCCAAAGAUGAAGCUUUCCAAGCCUGUGCAGGCACUAUGCUGGUGUGCGGCAACCGCGUGCAACCUGGCCAUCGUGUUCGCGCCACACAAGUGGUACACGGACCACACGUACUCCAUCGAGCGGCCUGAGUGCUUGCUCUUCGCCGCCCUCCAUCGCGUCGCCUGGACACUGGGCGUCGCCUGGCUUGUGCUCGCCUGCGCCACGGGACGCGGAGGCAUCGUGAUGUCGUUGCUGUCGUGGCCGGCGCUGGUGCCCCUGAGCCGGCUGUCGUACGGAGCGUUCCUGUCACACGUGGUCAUCUUGCUGGCGCAGGCGAUGACCAACCGGGAGAGAAUCGCCUACACCUACGUGGUCAAGACGAUGAACUACCUGGCGGUGGUGUUGGCGUCGUACCUGUGUGCCUACCUGCUGUACCUGUUCUGCGAAGCUCCCGUGGCGACGCUCGAGCGCACGCUGCUGGGAGGCAUCGGGAAACCGCGCCGCGGUGCCCCAUCUGCCGCCUCGGGCCUGACCGUGGUCGUUCCCCAGGCCUCGGAUCAGCACGCCCAAACCAGCUCCAGCAUGUGCGAAGCCCCGGCUAGUUUGGCGGCACCCACGAGGAAUGGUGCGGCCGAAGAAAGCACCCAGAGGAGUCAUCUUUGACCAGUCGAUUUCUGUCUCACACCAGCUCUCAUAGAGUCAUACAUGCCAAAUAGGUGCACAAGGUUAGCGAGCACGAACGCUGCGAGAAGGCAGCGGCCAUUACGAAUCACACCAAUUUAAGUGGUGUGCACAUUCUUGGCAGCUGUCCGUGGGCUGUAAGGCCAACUUACGCUUGCAUGCGCGGCGCCUACUUCAUGAUAACCUGCUAUUUUUGACCAGGCUUCGACACGAGGGAAAGCAACACGACGGCCUAAACUUCGGCAUAAGCCAAUGGCAGCUCAUUAUGCUCACUCGUUCGGGUUGGUAUAUACGUGGCAUUGACGCUGCCAGCAAAGUUGCACAUUAAAAAGGAGAAAGUUUUAUUAAAACCGAGUGAAGUGGUGCCUAAGAUCGCAGAGCGUGAUUUUACCAGUCUCCACUCACCUAUUUUAUUUAUAUAUUGCAAUCGUCGCAUUUGCGUGUGACGACUAGCCCUACGCGUAAAUGCUCUACGUAAUAUGAAAUGGACAGUCCACAGGAUUUUAACGAGACAUCGACAAUUUGUGCAGUGAAAUCUUUGUGUACGUUUUUUCAU